CCGCACGCUGCCAUGACAACCCGCGACAACAGAAGACGCGGGCGGCGGCGGAGCGCAGCGCGGAGCCUGAGCGGGAGUCCAGAUCUUAUAUAACAUGGAUGUUUCUCACACUAGAUAAUGAACAUUAAGUAGUUAAUCAAUUCAGCAAAAUCUAAGCUGCCAUGGAAGAAAUACCAGUGAAAGUCGCCGUAAGAAUUAGACCUCUGCUCUGCAAAGAAGUUCUUCAUAAUCAUCAAGUCUGUGUGAGAGUGAUUCCAAACACCCAGCAAAUUGUCAUCGGGAGAGAUAGAGUGUUUACUUUUGAUUUUGUUUUUGGUAAAAAUGCCACUCAAGGAGAAGUUUAUAAUAUAUGUAUAAAGCCCCUAGUGUUGUCACUCAUUGAGGGCUAUAAUGCAACUGUUUUUGCUUAUGGACAAACUGGAUCUGGGAAGACAUAUACCAUUGGAGGAGGCCAUAUUGCUUCUGUUGUGGAGGGUCAGAAAGGUAUCAUUCCUCGAGCUAUCCAAGAAAUAUUUCAAAGCAUCUCUGAAAAUCCGAGCAUUGACUUUAAUGUAAAAGUAUCAUACAUAGAAGUGUACAAGGAAGACCUAAGAGAUCUUCUAGAAUUGGAGACAUCUGUGAAGGAUCUUCAUAUCCGAGAAGAUGAAAAGGGAAACACAGUGAUUGUUGGGGCUAAGGAAUGCCACGUGGAGAACAUGGAUGAAGUGAUGAGUCUCCUGAAGGUGGGAAAUGCAGCCAGACAUACAGGCAUCACCCAAAUGAAUGAGCACUCCAGUAGGUCACAUGCCAUUUUUACAAUCAGUAUUUGUCAAGUUGAGAAAAAUACAGAGGCAGCUGAAGAUGGAUCCCGAAGGCAUCCGCAUCGGCAUAUUGUCUCCAAAUUCCAUUUUGUGGAUUUGGCUGGAUCAGAAAGAGUAACCAAAACAGGGAAUACUGGUGAACGGUUCAAAGAAUCCAUUCAAAUCAACAGUGGAUUGCUGGCUCUAGGAAAUGUAAUAAGUGCCCUUGGGGAUCCACGAAGGAAAAGUUCACAUAUUCCAUAUAGGGAUGCCAAGAUUACUCGGCUUCUGAAAGAUUCCUUGGGAGGCAGUGCCAAGACUGUCAUGAUCACAUGUGUCAGCCCAUCCUCCUCAGAUUUUGAUGAAUCCUUAAACUCUCUUAAAUAUGCCAACAGAGCACGGAACAUUAGGAACAAGCCUGCUUUGAACUUUAGCCCUGAGUCAGACCGCAUGGAUGAAAUGCAAUUUGAAAUAAAGUUGCUUCGAGAAGCUUUGCGAAGCCAUCAGUCUAGUAUCAGCCAAACUAGCCAGAUCCCUCAGGAGGACACGCCUGAUAAAAGUAGAAUCCAUUCUCUUGAGGAGCAAGUAGCUCAGCUCCAAGAGGAAUGUCUAGGCUACCAAAAUUGUAUAGAAGAAGCUUUUACCUUCCUGGUGGACUUAAGAGAUGCUGUCAAACUCAACCAGAAACAGCAGCACAAGCUACAGGAGUGGAUUAGUAUGACUCAGGUCAGGAAGGCUGCCACCUUAUUCUCCAGAAACCAAGGAGUUGAAAUCCUAGAAGGACCACAGUAUACAACAGUUCUCCAGCUGAAGAAAUACCAGAAUGAAAAGAUAUUAGAACAGAAAUUUCUUGUGGGCCAACUGAGUGAAGAACUAACAAAACUUAACCAGUCAGUGACUUCUUCAGCAAAGGAAAAUUGUGAGGAUGGGCCCAAUACUGGGAUCCCUGAAAAGAGACCACACACUGUACCAUUUGACGCUCAUUUGGGACACUGUAUUUAUAUCCCAUCAAGACAAGAUUUCAAGAAGAUCUACUCAAGUCCUCCUAAGUACUGUAUGGACCAAGUAUUUGCUGGGUUUCGAACACAAAGUCAGAUGCUGUUGAGUCACUUAGAAGAACAAGAUGAAGUUCUCCACUACCAGUUUUCUGAUAACAGUGAUGACGAUUCAGAAGUCCAAGAGAAAUCUAGAAUUAGAUGUAGAAGUCGCUCAUGGAUUAAAAAGCCAGGUUCUGUUUGCUCUCUUAUUGAAUUAAAUGCUACCCAGGAGGAAACACUGAAGUCAGGCUUGGGGAAUGAAGAUUUGAAGAUGGAAUACCUCCAGGGAAGUCAAGAGUCAAAUUUGCAAAAAUUAAGGUCUUCAGAACUCAUACUUAAUGAAGCUAAGCAAAAAAUGAGAGAGCUUACUAUUAACAUCAAGAUGAAGGAGGAUCUCAUUAAAGAGCUAAUAAAAACAGGUAACAGUGCAAAGUCAGUGAGCAGACAGUAUUCACUCAAAGUGACAAGACUGGAGCACGAAGCUGAGCAGGCAAAAGUGGAACUGACAGAAACACAGAAGCAGCUGCAGGAGCUGGAGCACAAGGAUCUUUCUGAUGUUGCUCUGAAGGUAAAAUUACAGAAGGAGUUCCGAAAGAAGAUGGAUGCUGCAAAGCUGAGAGUUCAGGUCUUACAGAAGAAGCAACAAGAUAGUAAGAAGUUGGCUUCUCUGUCAAUCCAAAACAAGAGACGUGCUGAUGAACUCGAACAGAAUAUAGAUCAUUUGAAAUAUCAGAAGGCACAGCUGCAAAAAAAACUUCAAGAAGAAAAUGAAAAAAAGAAGCAACUAGAUGCAGAGAUUAAGAGGGAUCAACAAAAAAUCAAAGAACUACAGUUAAAAACAGAACAGGAAGAAGGUCUAGAACUGAAAGCUGAGGCCCUUGAUGCUUUUACCUUGAGGAGAGCCUGUCCUUGGGGAAGUAUAGACCGACUCCAGAAAUUGGAUGAGCAAAAUAAAUGGUUAGAUGAGGAAGUAGAGAAAGUUCUGAACCAACGCCAAGAACUAGAGGUGCUGGAAGAAGACUUAAAGAAAUGGGAAGACAUUGUUUCUAAGAAGGAAACCCUGCUACAGGAGAAGAGCCAUUUGGACAAUAAGAAGCUGAGAUCUAGUCAGGCCUUAAACUCAGAUAUUUUGAAAAUAUCAGCUCGCCUGAAUUUACUGGACCAAGAAUUGUCUGAAAAGGGUUUGCAGCUUGAAAACAGUACGGCUGAGGAGAAGAUAAAGAUUUUUGAACAAGUUCAAGCCCUUCAGAAGGAAAAGAAUGAGCUCCAGAGACGAAGAAACAGUGUGGAUGAAAAACUUAAAAAUGGAAGAGUACUGUCACCUGAAGAAGAACAUCUUCUUUUCCAACUGGAAGAAGGGAUUGAAGCCUUGGAAGCUGCAAUUGACUACAAAAAUGAGUGCAUCCAGAGUCGCCAGAACCUGCUGAGGGCAUCAUUUCAGAGUCUCUCUCAGAGUGAAGCAAAUGUCUUGGAAAAACUAGUUUGUCUGAAUCUUGUUGAGAUUAGAGCUAUUCUCUUCAAAUAUUUCAAUAAGGUGGUUCAUUUGCGAGAAGUGGAGCGGAAGCAACAGUUGGAGAAUGAGGAAAUUAAGCUGAAGAUUUCAGAGCAGGACAAUAUGGUGCGAGAGCUGGAGUGUGCCCUGGAGCAUCUGAAAGUGCAGUGUGACCGGAAGCUGACCCUCCAGCAACAGGAGCAUGAGCAGAAGUUACAGCUGCUGCUGCGUCAUCUCAGAGAGCAAGAUGGAGAAGGCAUUGUAGAAACUGUCAAAGCAUAUGAAGAUAAAAUCCAAAAUUUGGAAAGGGAUCUUUACUUCUAUAAGAAAACCAGCAGGGAACUUAGGAAGAGACUGAAAGCAUCCACACAAGAAGUGGGUCAGUGGCAACAAACAGCAUCAAAAUAUCAUGCUGCUGGAAAUGGAGUCCUAAACCCAGAAGAGACAGGUGUGCUUUCUGAAGAACUAAAAUGGGCAUGUAAAAUUGAAAAUAAAUUCAGUGGAAGAGAAGUAGAGAGCUCUUCAAGCGGCCUAACACAGCAGCCUCAGAAGGCUGGAGACUGUGCUACAAACUCACCUCCAGACUGCAACUCUUUAGCACCCCCCAGUGGACUGUUGAGCAAUGAGGAUGAAACAGAUAAAACUCUGGUCACACAAUCUCUCAGCCGACCAUCGCCCCAAAUACCCACUUUGCGAAAUGUGGUGCAGCCUCAUGGUGUCAAGCCUGUAAAAUUGUGUCGCAAAGAAUUACGCCAGAUUUCUGCCUUGGAACUAUCAUUACGACGUUCGAGUUUUGGAGUUGGGGUUGGAUCAGUGAUUGCUGAUUCCAUUGAAGUAGCUAGGAAACAUAGUGACUUAAAAACCUAGGCAUUUAACAAUAGUUUUUACUUCAGUAACUAUAUGAAAAGAUUCCCUUUUCUAACUUAGGAAAUUAAAGCUCAAGCUACUAGCUCUUUGCUUGGGAUAAAGGAAACAAGGGGAGGCCUAAUGUUGUGUGCCAUAGAGAUGUAUAUCUUCUGUAGGAUAUUAUGGACAUUUUACAGCCCUUUUUCAGUACUUCUAACACAUAAAUAUUUCCACUUAUUAAGAUGCUUAAAUUCCUUUCAAGGAAUAUUCUUUUUAUUUUUUUAUUUUUCAGGUAUAUUUGAAGACCAAAUGUCUGUU